GAAGAAAGCGGAGCACACUAAUAGGGCCCUGUGUGUGGGCACCUCGUAUGUCUUAUCUCCAGGAUACCGCCUGCUGUCACCUGGCUGGCAUUAUAAUCCGGUGUAUCGCCAUUUUACCGAGCCUGGUGUUUUGGAGAGCCAGCAGAGAAAGUUUGCUGUGUGCCUGUAGUGGGAGCCCAUUGACAGUGAUACUCUGUAUUCCUUCCUAUCUGCUCAUUAAACACACAGACCUUGAUCCUCCCUGGGAGGCUGCUGGCUCAGUUCCUCUAUUUCUCUUUUAUUCCCCCCUCCCCUUCCUCACUGUCUUAAUCUCUCAGAUCUGUUUUUCCUCCUGCUCCUCAGUGUGUCUCUCCUCCUCCUCCUCCUCCUUCCACCAAUAACCCCAAUCCCCACCAUCUCAGCCAUAGACUGCCCAUACUGACACAGCCAUGGAGCUCUCCCAGAGGAAGAGGAGCAGGAAAUCCCAGAGCUUUAAACUGGUGAAUCAAGAUUAUCACCAUGAAAUAUUUAAAGCAACUGGCUACAUUAACGAGGUCAAUGGAGAGUCUAGAGACUCUGAGCAGUACUCAGGUGACGAAAGCAUGGAGAUUAAAAAGCAAAUUACAGGGAUGAGACGGCUAUUAAAUGACAGCACUGGACGGAUCUACCAACGUGUAGGUAAAGAAGGAGACCAACUAAAGGAAGAGCCCCAUGAUGUGGAUGUGAGCUGGGAUGAGAGCCCCUGCACACCAGAGGUGUCACUCCACCCAUCCCAGAGUUCAUGGAGUGAUGGACCAAUCCAGAACACAGAGCUAGUAGGAACACGCUCCAGAACUGUGCAGAAUCACAUAAAAAGUACUGAAUCUAACGGUGAUAUACGAAUGGGAAAUUCUCUGCCAGAGUCAAAAUGCUGCACUUGUAACUGCCAGCCUACAUUACAUGCCAUCCUGCAAGAGCUAAAAGCAAUGAGAAAGUUCAUGCAAGUUCAAGCAGUUGCCCAAAAUCGACAGCAAAUUCCUCAGUCAUGUGUUUGCAACCAGAAGACGCUUGUAACAAGAAAAAGAAUUAUGAAGAAAAAAGUACUUCCAAAGACUCUCUCAGUGGCUCCGGUAAACCGUGUACACAGCAUGAGCGAGAGAGAACACAAGGAACAGAAACCUGUACUGCUUCCAGAAAGAGACAGUCUCUCAGAAAUUGAGCACGUCAGAAAAGAGGAGGACCACAUUCGAGGAUUUGGUAUUGUUGUCAAUUCAUCGUCCUCCGAUCCAGAAGUGCAGUUGGCAGAAGGAUUUGAUGUAUUUAUGCCAAAAUCUCAGCUGGAUUCUAUUCUGUCAAAUUAUAAGAGGUCAGGGAGUCUGCUUUUCAGAAAGCUGGUGUGUGCCUUUUUUGAUGACAAAACAUUGGCAACAUCUCUUCCAAAUGGAAAACGGAAACGAGGACUCAAUGACAAUCGUCAAGGAUUGGACCAAAAUAUUGUGGGAGCAAUAAAGGUUUUCACAGAAAAAUAUUGCACUGCUAACAAUGUGGAGAAGGUUCCAGGCCCACGGCACUGGGUACAGAUUCUGCAAGAUCAAAUAAAGCUUGCGAGGAGGAGAUUAAAAAGAGGCUGUGACUUAGGUAAACCACUAGUCAUUGCUGAUGAAGACUUGUGGCUCCAUUCUAAGGCUGGGUUUCAGCUCUAAGGCAGACACCGGACGAUCACCCCAAUGAGAAGUGUCAAAGUCAGAAAUGUUUCACCUUGAAGACUACAAUUCCAAUCACUUUUCGCAGAGUUUAUAUUUUUAUUAUUUACCUGAGGUCUAACUGGAAAAGAUAACACACUGUGUAGAUGUUGUACUUGUUGCAUUCCUACUGCAAUUUUCAAAUUACCUUGACUAGUAGUUAUAGUGUGCAUCAGUAACGCUACUGGUGCCAAGAGACUGGCCAAAGGUGGAGAUGUAUAAUGGCAAUAUUGAAGAAAAGAAAAGCUUCACUCAUCUUCAUCUUAGCAUAAAGUCUUCAGGUAUUUGACUUCAGGGAGGAGAUUAUCUGUGUUAUCUGUGGGGGAUAUUUAGAGCACAUUAAUUUUGUUGAUUUUAUGAUAUUUAUUGAUGGGGUGAAAAUUAACAUCAGAGAGGAAUAUUCUUUCAAAGGUCUGAUAUUACCUGGUAAAUAUUGUUUUAAGGAGAAAUACUAAUUAAACAUACAUAGUUCAUAUUAUUACUUCAUACUCCGCUGCAGCCCCCUUUGUGUUGUAAGCAGCUUGUUGUAAUACACAAAGAACAUAAAGCAAGAAUAUAGACCUAUUCACUUCACACACUAUUAGUCCUUUUUAGUCUACAAUGUUGAGCAUCUUGAUUAGGGUAAGCAGAUGUUGUGGACUAUAUCUCCCCUAAAGCAUUGCCAGCACUAUGGCUGUGAGAGCAUUAUGGGAGAUAUAGUCCACAAUACCUGGAGCUAUAGUCCACAAUACCCCUGAUCUACAUAAACAUACCCCUUAAAUAUUUAGAAAUCCUUUUUCAUAUAACGUAACCUUUGGAUUGCAAAGGAGAAAACAGAAUGCAGAGUAACAUGUCCCCAUUCUAAUGUUUGAAAUGUAAACUAUCUCUGCAGGAUAACCUGCUCCCCUAUCCACCUUGAUGUUCUGCCACACGUUGUAUCGUUGUAUUACAAAGCCCAGAGCAUGUUACUGUAACAUUUAUAGAAGCAGCAAAAAUGUGUUUGCCAAAUUGCAAUAGAAGCCUCUUCCAGAAUGUGAUGAGGGGAAGCAGUGGACACAGUUGUUUUUUUAUUUUAUUUAAUCGGGUAGGAUUAUUUCCCAUGUUGUGUUGGGGUGGAAGUUAAAUUUUGGAUGAAGUGUGGCUGUGUUUAGUUUAACAAAAUUCUUAAAACUGUACAUAGCCUUCCAUACUGAAAAUAUGGAUCCAACAAAAUUAAGCUCUGCACCCAAGCUCUCACUACUCUUGGGCAGCAGCAAUGGCUAACGUACUCAUCAACCCCAAUGCAUAGAACAAAAUUGAAAAACAUGAUUACAUGUGCUCUGUCCCAACUCCCUAUGCACAUUUAAAUAAUAGGACAUUUUUAGUACCGCUGCAAUAGUCAUUAGAGCGUAAGCUCACCUGCCUCAUCAAUGCAAACGUGUUAGGUGAAGCCAUUAACCU